AUGCGAGCUGAAAGUGAAGGAGCUGACGGAGAUGCAGCUGACGGAGCUGCAGCUGACGGAGCUGCAGCUGACGGAGCGGCAGCUGACGGAGAUGCAGCUGACGGAGCUGCAGCUGACGGAGCGGCAGCUGACGGAGAUGCAGCUGACGGAGCUGCAGCUGACGGAGAUGCAGCUGACGGAGAUGCAGCUGACGGAGAUGCAGCUGAAGGAGAUGCAGCUGAAGGAGAUGCAGCUGAAGGAGAUGCAGCUGACGGAGAUGCAGCUGAAGGAGAUGCAGCUGACGGAGAUGCAGCUGAAGGAGAUGCAGCUGAAGGAGAUGCAGCUGAAGGAGAUGCAGCUGAAGGAGAUGCAGCUGACGGAGAUGCAGCUGAAGGAGAUGCAGCUGAAGGAGAUGCAGCUGAAGGAGAUGCAGCUGACGGAGAUGCAGCUGAAGGAGAUGCAGCUGACGGAGAUGCAGCUGAAGGAGAUGCAGCUGAAGGAGAUGCAGCUGAAGGAGAUGCAGCUGAAGGAGAUGCAGCUGACGGAGAUGCAGCUGAAGGAGAUGCAGCUGAAGGAGAUGCAGCUGAUGAUGACAAAGACGAGGACGAUCACCAUGAGGACCAAGACGAGGACGAUCACCAUGGCGACUUUUCAGCUGGUACAGGUGUUAAGAUCAGCAGUAUUGUCUUCGGUGUUGUGGCAGCAAGGUUCCUCUAA